AUGGGGGGCUUCAAACUGGUCAUGAAGCGUCUCAGCCCUAGCAAAAAUCUUAUACCGAUUGCUGCUGACCCCCCUAUCCGUGCAGAAGCGCCACAAGUCAAUCUCCCGCAUGUGGACACGCAAUUGAACAUGCACCAGCAUAACGGAUUCCUCGACGAACUAGCCCCCGAAGGCCAAAAUGGUGACUACAAUCAAGCCUCCUCGUCUCCUUCGAACCCUCCGAACCCUUCCGCGACCCCCGCCGACACGAGCAAUGGCGAUGCCCCCACAUCUGAAUGGUCAGCAGUCGGCCACGCAGCAGCGACAGGGAAAUCAGGACGUGUUAUCCACAAUCUCCAGGAGGAAAUAGCACGUUUAACGCGUGAAUGCACACUCUACAAGUCCCGCGCGGAGGAAUACCAAAGAACCAACGAGGCCUACAAGAUCCAGCAACAAAACAUGAACGAGCGCCUACGGAACCUUGAGCAAGUCAACGAGACUAACCUCAAUUCAAUUGCACGGAAAGACCGGAAGCUGGAGGAACUAAGAACGGAGCUCCAGCACGAGCGUAGCAAGCGGCAUGACGCGGAAAAGGACGCAAACCACACCAACCAGACGAUGCGCGAGGAGCGCGAGAACCACAAUCGCGAACAAGCCCGGUUACUAGAGAUCGCCAAGCACCACGAGACACAGUACGAAGUGCUGUCCAGCGCGACGAAACGCGACAAGGCGGAGUUUGCAAAACGAAUCAACGCCAUCUGGGCCGAGUUCACCACUAUCGCCAACGCGCAGAAAACACAUAUACACUCCACCGAGCGGCUAGAGGUUCUCGCAGAUCAGAAGAAUAGGGAAUUCGACACCCUCAAGGAAUCUUAUGAGAAGCUGCUCUCCCAGCACUCCGCGUAUAAGGAACUGAAGGAUAACGACUUCCGGGAAACGAUUGAAUCGGCAAAAUCCAACAACGACAUGAUUGCCGGGGUUCUUGCUCAGCUCAAAGAGACUGAAACAGAAAUGAGGUGGGCGAUCCGGCUCAAUGAAAGUCGACAAAGCACUGAAUAA